AAAUGAUGGGGAGAUAAGAGUCACAGACAGUCACAAUGACAGCUCAGCGUGAACACACACACACAGGUUAUUUUCCUUGGCAUAAGCUUUUUAUACUUUGUAAUCAUCUUUGUUUUUUUUCUUCACUUUCUGUCCAUAUAUGUCUACAGAUAUACACACAGCACAUAUAUGAUUACAGUUAAUGUAAAUAAGAUAAUGUAUAGUGAUCACCAUAGAAUUAAAAUACCGGUGUUCGGGUAUCGGCAAAUUGUUUGAAGCGAAUCGAAAGAGAGAGAGAAAGAGAAAGAGAAAAAAGGCACCUUUUCUCUCUCUUUUUUUAUCCUUUCCUUUUUUAUACAUGACUUUAUCUGGAGUUCAGAUUUCAGCUAAAUACAUUGCUUAUUCACAUACAACCUGUGCUUAUAUCGCAUUCGCUCUAGCACUCAUUGUAGGCUGCUACACGCAUUACGAAAAGAUUGUACAAAACGAAUACUUUGGAUAUCCUGACGAAUGGAUUCCAAGUGUGAGCGCGACAACAGGUGAUAGAUACCCAGCACGAGCCAUCUUUCAGAUAUUUAUCGCGCUUACUUCGGGUCCACGACUAGCUCUUGUCUUUUUAUGGUACCUGCUGAGCCAGAACAGGUUUUUACUUAUUGUUGGUCUUAUCAGGACCGUGUCUUGUGGUGGAUGGGUCUAUAUCACAUCUACAGAUGACCAUUCAACGCACGAUGUGGCCAUGGUUAUCUAUGUGCUCUGUACUCUGCCUUGGAUGCUGAGUGUCCUGGCUACAGCUUCACAAGAUCCAGUAGGGCUCAAGCGACGUCGUCUGUUGGUCAUUGCGUUCUUUGGAACGUUGGUGCCUAUGGUCUACUUCUUUAUUCAACACAAGGUACAUCAAGUACCUGGAGCCUAUACCAUCUAUGCAUUCUUUGAGUGGUCACUUAUUGUAUAUGAUGUUGGGUUUGAUGCGCUUAGUUGCUAUGAGUUUGACAGGUUUGAUCUAAAGAUUUAUCCUCGUACUGCAAAAGGAAUGGUUUAG